AUGGAUGAUUUUGAAGAUUUCCAGGUAACUCGACUUCCAAAAUCCAACAAAUCUUCUCAAAACAACUAUUAUAAUUAUGCAAAGGAGAAUUAUUCGAAUUCUUCUGAUCCGGAUGUGGAUUAUGCUAUUGUUCGGGAUUCUCAAUUGAACAAUAGUAUCCUGGAUCACAUGUGGUACGAUAGAGAUGAUGACAGCUGUAUGAUGUACAAUAAUUACGAUGAGGAGAACUCGUACUAUUUGGAGUCAAGGGAAAGGAAACGAUUAUCUCAACUUCCACACAACACUCAACUUGUUAACAACAAUAGAAUUCUAAAUAGCGCUGGAAAAUUUGGAGCAAAAAAAUCUCAAAAACAUAUUGACGACAGCUUGUGGGAGUUGAAUAGGCUUCGACAGGGCGGAGGAGGUAGUAAGUUUGCAAAUGCUGAACUAGAACAACUGAGAGCCUCAAAUGUACAUAAAGAUGAAACCAAAAAGAUCGUACUGGUCAGGAACAUUAUUCCACCCUUCAUCUAUGAAGUUUAUAACUGUAAUAAUAACAGUUCAAUUGACCAGUUGUCAGACGAGUUAACUGAAACUGGAGAUACAUUUAAUGAUAUAUAUAACAAGUUUUUGAAUCAGUCAGUUUCCACUGUAAAGGAUCCGACGUCAGAUAUCGCACUAAUGGCUAAAAAGGGAAGCCAAAUUUUAAAACACAUGAAAGAUGAACUUGAGCGGUCGUCUUCGAGAACUAGGUUCUGGGACUUAACUAACUCCAAAAUCGGCAAUUUAAUUUUCAAACAAACUAAUAACACAAAAAAUAAAAACACUAGUAAUAGUGAUCCUGAGGUUGGUGAAAGAAGAGGUUAUAUGGAUGAUACUGAAAAGGAAGGUGAAGAAGAGUUGAAGAAAAUGAAAGAAAAUUUGGAAUCUGUUAGAAAAUCACUGCCCGUUUUUCAACAUAAACAUGAAAUCAUUUCACUAAUUCAACAAUUUCAAGUUAUAAUAUUGGUUGGUGAGACGGGAAGUGGUAAGACAACACAGUUACCACAAUAUUUAUAUGAGGCCGGGUUUGGUGAUAAGGGAAUAAUAGGUUGUACACAGCCUCGUAGAGUUGCAGCAAUGAGCGUUAGUAAGCGAGUGGCAAGUGAAAUGGGGUCAAAUUUAGGCGAUAUCGUGGGAUAUACAAUCCGUUUCGAAGAUGUAACGAGCAAUAGCACCAGAGUAAAGUUUAUGACUGACGGCAUUCUGUUAAGAGAAUCAUUAAUGGACUCGGAUUUAGAAAAAUAUUCAGUGGUAAUAAUGGACGAAGCACAUGAAAGAAGCCUCAAUACAGACGUUUUAUUCGGUAUUUUGAAGUCAGUUUUGACUAGGAGAUGGGAUUUCAGACUAAUUGUUACAAGCGCUACAAUUCAAGCCGACAAAUUCUCAGCAUUUUUUGGAAAUUGUCCUAUUUUCCAUAUCAAAGGACGUACUUACCCAGUUUCAAUCGAAUACAUGAGAAGCAUUUCAAAUGAUUAUGUCGACUCGGCAGUUGAAAAGUGUAUUUCAAUUCACAUUUCACAGCCACCUGGCGAUAUUUUAAUUUUUAUGACAGGCCAAGACGAUAUUAAUAUAACCUGUGAACUUCUAGACACAAAACUAUAUAAACUAAUACAAAGUAGUUCCUCAGGAUUAAUUCAAUUAUAUGUUGUUUUGCCGAUUUAUUCAACAUUACCAAUUGAGUUGCAACAGAAAGUGUUCAUGAAGUAUCCAUACAGAAAGAUCAUUGUCUCGACUAAUAUCGCCGAAACUUCAAUAACUUUCGAAGGAAUUAGAUAUGUAAUUGAUAGCGGUUACUGUAAAUUGAAAGUGUAUAAUUCAAAGGUUGGAGUCGACUCUUUGCAAAUUUGUCCUGUAAGUCAAGCUGGAGCUAAUCAGAGGAGUGGAAGAGCGGGAAGGACUGGUCCUGGGGUUUGUUACAGACUUUAUACGCAAAGAAUAUUUAUUAAUGAUUUGUUCGAGAAUAAUAUUCCCGAGAUCAAGCGGACGAAUUUGUGCAAUGUUGUCCUGCUUUUAAAAUCUCUAAAAAUCGUCAAUUUACUCUCAUUUGACUUUAUCGAUCCUCCCUCAAUUGAAGCUAUUCUUUCUGCAAUGUUACAAUUAUACAUUCUAAACGCAAUUGAUGAACUAGGUCAACUAACCACUAUAGGAAAUAAAAUGGUGCAAUUUCCAUUGGAGCCAUCAUUGUCGAAGAUAAUAAUAACAGCAAUUGAAUUAAAUUGCCUGGACGAGCUUCUGACGAUCGUGAGCGUGUUAUCCUCGCCCAAUAUCUACCUGGUCGAAAACACAAUUGAUAAGGAAAACCCAAGUAGCUUGGAGCGCGAAAAGUUCAUGAUUCCCGAAUCGGACCAUUUAUCGCUACUUAACGUGUACAAUAACUGGAGAAAUAACAAUUACUCUCAGUCGUUCUGUUCCCAGUAUAAGUUACAGUACAAGUCACUUAAACGCGCAAAGGAAAUUAAAACUCAGCUUCAAGACAUCGUUGAUGUCAAAUACAAACACAUUCAACAAGGUGAUGGCGAAAGGUUAGUUGACACCGUCAGAAGAAUAGUUGAUAUGAACAGCAAGGAGGACCUGGUUCGUCUAUGUGUUUGCAGCGGCUACUUUAACAACGCAUCCAAGUUAAAGGGGUUUGGAGAGUACUACAAUCUCAGGAGUUUUAUUCCCUGUUAUCUACACCCAACCUCAGCCCUCUACGGCAUGGGGUACACCCCUGAAUACGUCGUCUACCACGAGGUUGUGAUCACCACCAAGGAGUACAUGAGAUUUGUGACUACCGUUGAACCUGAAUGGCUAUAUGAACUAGCACCCAACUUCUUUUAUCUAAAAAACUUCGAGAUGUGUGAGAUGGUUCAGAAGAGCAGGGAUAGGAUAGAGAACAAGAGGCUAUUACAGGACCUGAAGAUCAAGAAAAAUGUGACUGAAACAAAGCCUAAGGAGGUUAAAAAGGAUUUCGUUCAGUUUGGCAGUAAACGAAAACGACACUAA